AUGACGACGAGGAUUACGACGCCGCGUGUGAUCACUGAGAUCGGGCGCGCGGUGUCCAUCCGCAGGGCGAUCAAACAGGAGCUAGGGCAGUACACGCCCGCCCCAGCAUCAGCAUCGAACGAGUUCUCGCCCACCCUGUACUCGGUCGAGGAGGCAAAGCCGGCGGCGCCUGUGCAGCGCGCGAGCUCAUCGUCGGCCUCGAACAGGCGCGUGGACCGCCCAGAGGAGGACCACUACCCGCUGCAGCCCAAUCUGCUCCGCCAGCAGCCGCCCUACUCGGCCGAGUCGCCGUCGAGGCGUCUGCCAUUGUCAGGGCGCUCGUCAGGCGACGGCCGCUUCCGCAAAGCGUCGUCGGAGUGCUCAAGCUCCGCGGGCUGCUCGCCGCCGCCAACCUUUGGUUAG